AUGUGGUUUUUCCAGGCCCUGUUUCGCCGCUUGCUGGACGAUUGUAAAGGAAUAGAUCUAAGCGGCGAGGUCUUUUGGCCGGAAAAGGACGACAAAUACUACCUGGGAGAUCAGUUACCCGUUAGCUUGUACGCAGGAAAGUCGGACAAUUACACCAAUUCAACCACAGCAUUGUGGAAUAUUUGGCUUCAAGACGCCCAGUACGAGGAAAAGACCAAACAGGGCACAAAAGCCUACAGAAGUAACGUUUGCUACGUCAAUUCGUUUUUAGCGAAGAACUUCACCUAUGGAGGUCACGGCGCUGACUGGUUGUGGAGGAGCCGGGAGGAUGUUUGCAAUAACACGCUCAUCGCCUGUUAUGGGAAUGUCCCCAGAGAUAUUACCGCCGCGGACAACGCUCAGCAGUUCGUCGUGGUUGCGAUUCGGGAGGCAACAAACGGCAACAGUGCUUCCACGGGCAAGAGCAACACUUUCACGGUAAUGCCAUCCGUCAACCCUACAGAGUCAGGGACGGCAAAGACGGCUUGUUGCGCCACUGGUGCAGGUGCCACGGUAACGGGCGGCGUACCUUCAGAAACAUCUGCGGCAUCGUCUGGUGCCGACUCUGGUGGUAUUUCUCCAGCCGUCAAAGCCGGGCUUGCUGUCGUAGGGGUCGUCGUUUUUCUAGGACUCGUCGGAUUAUUGUGUUUUGUUUGGUGGAGAAGACGGAAGCAGAAGAAACUAGAUGCUGCUACCGUUACAGAUGGCGAAGGUGGUGGGCAGUACCUGAAGCCAGAGUUGGAUGGGCAAGGUGUGGUGGCUGAGAAGAAGACGGUUGUUGUAUCUGAAAGCAACCCGGACCAUAUAGCGGAGUUGGAUGGCGGGCAGCCGAUGGGUCAAGAGGGUGUUGAUGUGACGUUCAAGGAGGAGAAGAGCCAAACUCAUAUUGAAGAAGCACCCAGAGCUGAGUUGGGUGGUGGAGGGGCUCAUUCUGAGCUUGAAGCUAAUCAGCCUUGGGUGGAACUUGGGAGCGAUGAACCCCGUGCUGUGGAGUCGAAUGGUCAACCGGAGGCUAAAUAG